AAAACGGUUCGCACGUGAAGAACAAUAUAGUUUCUGUGCAAAAAUGUUUGAAAACAUUAGAAUGACAUUCAGUUGGUUAGACGAAGCUGUUGUUAGUCCAGGUUAUGUUGUUUUAGCAUUAGCUGCCAUGUUCCUAAUACUAUUAGUCUACAAAUUAAUGAGACGAAAGUGUCCUGUACGUGUGAGUUGCUGGUUUUGUAUGUUUGAGACCGUUGUUCCCUAUGGCAACCGGAACUGCUGGGACUGUCCACAAUGUGAACAAUAUAAUGGCUUCACUGAGGAUGGUGACUACAAUAAACCCAUUCCAGCCCAGCAUGUGGAAGAUUUGAAUUAUCCCGUGAAGUGCAAGCCUGAUGCCUACCUCGCGUGCCAGACGUCCAUCUGUCGGCAGUGUGAACAGAACCAGAUACUUAAGAUCAAACAGCUAGCAAUGUUUACUCCAAUUAGCGAGGACACGUUUGAGUCUGAGAUCGAAGUGUACGAAAGAUAUCUGGAGAAAGAGUAUCAGCUGUGCUCCCACUGCAGGCUGGGCGUCAACCGCGAGCUCCACAAACAAGACGAUAUCUUACGGGUGGGGCUGCAGGGAACCAAGUUUGAUACGUCAGACUCGGCCGACUUUAAUAACUCACUGUCACAGUCUGAAGAAGUGAAUGUUGACAACAGGACCUAUUGGGCCGCAGCGGGUCGAGUGGUCGCGUUUGUCGCUUGGCUCAUCUCUAGCGGACUGCUGUCCUGUGAUCACUUCUCGACAAUAUCUCACAGUGUGCGCUGGAUCUCUAGUGGACUGCUGGCCAGUGAUCACUUCUCAACAAUAUCUCGCAGUGUGCGGUCGAUUCCUCUCUUUGCGGACGGCUGGUCGUACUUUCUGGGCUCACAUGUCGUCAUCAGUCAGCUUGUCCAGCUGAUUGCAGGAUACCAGUUGAUGCUUGUUAUCGCAGGGUUUCUUCUCUGCCUCCUCUCAAAAGUGAUAGGUGGAAGGAAAAGGUUGUCUGCUCUUGAUCUCGAGGAUUGUCUAACCUGGCUGCUGUGUAUUCUGGGCAGUGUGUCGUCUCCAAGUUGGGUCGGAGCAACUGUUUUGUCGAUGAUUAUCGCAGCUAAUUUUAUGACAUCUUUGGUCGGCAUUUUGUGCACAAGAGACACGAAGAAAGAUCAGAAGUGUAUUAGAAGAGUAUCUCUUGGCCAAAGUGAGACACCACCAGACCCAGAUUCAAACGUAACACAUGUGUCACCCGACAGUGCCACUACUAAUGAGCAGUCAUACAGUACCAGUCGUCAGAUCGUCGCAGAUGACCUUGACCUCGAGUUCAGCACCAUGUCAGUUGACCCACUGGGUGUCCAGUUGAAAAGAAGUGAUUCUGGUAUCUUCUCAUGUACUGGUUCUCUCAGCAGCAUGGCGUCCAUGUCCAGGCUACCUACUGGCGGCAAGCCAAGACCAAUCCUCACACCUUCUAGACUGAACAUCAUUAGGCCAUCUGUCUUUAGUGAAACCAACUCUAUAGGACAUGCUGGACAACAGCAGAUGACGAAGCCUUGGAACAGUGAUUCCCAGGAAAAUCUCUUCCAGCUGUCGAAACCUAGGAACAGUGAUUCCCAGGAAAAUCUCUUCCAGCUGUCGAAAACUAGGAACAGUGAUUCACAAGGUAAUCUUUUCCAGCUGUCUUCACGCACAAAUGACAGCCUUCAUCUCUUCAGUGAGGAAGACAAGCACACAGUCCCAGCGUUGAAGCCAUCACUGUUUGACAGCAUAAACUUUACUCACAAGACCAGUUGUGGACAGAACGCAAACAUUCCUAACAAGACCAGUUUUGGACAAAACACAAACGUUCCCCACAAUACCAGUUUUGGACAGAACGCAAACGUUCCUAACAAGACCAGUUUUGGACAAAAGACAAACUUUACCCACAAGACCAGUUUUGGGGAAAGCACAAACUCUCUUUUUACUGGCAGCCUGUUCUCUCAAAAGUCGACUAUGGAUGGUCAGAUGUUUACACAGAAUCCUUAUCACAAGCCAGGCAGUCAGCAUUGUAGAUCGCCAAAUGGAAUAUUACAGGCACCCAGACUCUUCGACAGUGCCUGUAGAACAAGUAGCAGAUCACAGUUCCCAGAGAAUUUGAACUUCAGUACAAAUAGUGCUGGUCAUCAAAAAGUGUUUAAUUCCAACAUGUAUGCAGACAAUCCAUUUUGUCGUGUCCAGGAAAGCAGGACUUCUCCCAGAAACAGGAAGUUCAGAGCUAGUGGUUAUCCAGUCGGACGUGAGAGAAUGUUGUUCGAUGAUGACAGUUUCACCAGUGUCAGUACUAACUGUGUGGAUCAAAUUUAUAAGAAAGGGUUUUCGUGGACUCCAGUUGUGAUCGGGUGUGUUUUGGGGGCCAGCAUAUUAAUCAAUGCUAGUCUAGCUGUGUACGUGUAUUUAUUUUCGUCCGUUUGACGUACAUGUAACUCUUCCUAUAAACAGCUGCCAUUACUGGUGACUACAUGUAAUGCCAUUUGGAAGUACUACCAGAAACCUGGGCACUGCCAGUUAUAAAUACUACCAGAAACCUGGACACUGGCAGUUAGAAAUACUACCAGAAAGCUGGACACUGUCGGUCAGAAAUACUACCAGAAACCUAGGCACUGUCAGUUAGAAAUACUAUCAGAAACCUGGGCACUGCCAGUUAGAAAUAUUACCAGAAACCUGGGCAUUGCCAUUUGGAACUACUACCAGAAAGCUGAACGCUGCCAUUUGGAAAUACUACUCAAGAACCUCGACACUGCCAUUUGGAAAUACUACAGAAACCUGGACACCGGCAUUUGGAAAUGACUUCCAGAAACCUGAACACUGCCAUUAGGAAAUGACUUCCAGAAACCUGAACACUGCCAUUAGGAAAUACUAACAAGAACCUGGACACUGCCAUUUGGAAAUACUACAGAAACCUGGACACCGGCAUUUGGAAAUAUUACCAGAAAGCUGGACACUGCCAUUUGGAAGUACUACCAGAAAUUUAGGAACAACUCUUAUGGGGCCUGAAACGAUAUAGAUGUGUGUGAUCAUACAUCAGGAUGAGUCUUGUUUUAUCUUUUAUGAAAGUGCAAAUGUGUCCAUAUAUGUACGUGUACGUUUUAUUGGUGGUCACCAGCAACAUUGCUGGUUGGAUUACCCUGCAUCUAGUCUUACUAAAUUGCUUCAUCAACUUUCCUACUGCUAGUUAAACAAAUUUUCCUUUUCAAGAGUAUCGAGUUUUCUGCCAUGUAUUGAGGGUAGGGUGGGUGGGUUUGCUAGUCCAUAUGAUAUGUCAAGGUUAUUAGCUUUUCUGGCUAUUGUUGGAAAGGUUGGGUUUGCCACCUCAUAACAGAAGGAAGGUUGAGUUUGCUAUUUUAGUGUAAAAUGACCGUUAGGAGAAUGUUUGCAGAAACGUAUGCUGGUGGAUAUCUGAUUUAGAUGAAUUUUGUGUAAAUCAUAAAAAAAAAAUUUCUCGCCAUGUGUAAACAAGUAAAUACAUGUAAUACUUGAGAACUGUCCAGUACAUUAAUAUACACUCACAGGAUCCAUUGAUGUUUUUAACAAUGAUCCAUCAUCCCUCAAAGUAGAGCUAAUAAUUUUCAGCCUGCUUCAUAACAGAAUCCUGAACUCUUAUUAACGUGCCCUUUUACCCUUAUGGUUUCGACACGUCCUUCACAGGUCACAACUCUCUCAAGGUCAGUGGUGUGGCCUUGGGACGGAUAAUGCUUCAUAACUUAAUGGCCCAAAUCGUUAAGACGUCUGCAUCAAUGUACCUUUUGCAACAUUUGAGAUGUAUUAGAACUUAUUUCAAUGUAUCACAAUAUGACACCAAUAACGUCAGAUCUUUAGGCUGAAAUAGGUGGUGGUGUGUUUUUAUUUUUAUUUUUUUUAUAAUGAUUUGAACAGACUUCUGGUUGCCCAACACUUUGAAAUAUUGUCUCUUACAAUGGUUUUCACGAACCUUGAAGUUGACGGACAAGAACACAGUUUACACUGAUGUAAUCAUUUUAUUUGGAAACGCAGGUAUGGACCAAACUUCCGAUGUGACAUAACUAAAUGUGCUUCACAAUAACUAUUGCACCCACCUCAUUAAUGAAAUAGACAUGCUUUUUACAUGCACUAGCCAUUGGAUCCAAAUUUGGCAUUAGAUAGCCUGGGCUCAGUUCCACUAGGCGAUCCUAAUGCUAAGAUCACAUUAAGGGCCCAGGGCCCGGUAACACAAAGCACUCGUAACACUUGGUCACACGUACACCACACAUUAUGUAUGGUGUACGUCUGACGUGUGUUACCGAGUCCUGGGCAGCCGCCCUGCUGGUCAGUUGUAAUGUCAUGAUGUGACCUUUGGUAUCACAUGUAUUGUAUUAUCAAGCAUCGGAGGACAUGGCAUAAAUAGCGAUAUCAUGCAUACAGUAUUGACGAGCAAUAUUUUAAUUAAAAAUGAGAACAUGCAAAAUGUGUCGUACGUUUAAUCUGGAAAAUGGAUAAAAUAAAAAUGAUAAAACAGGUUUUUCUAUAACAAGCGGUCGGAUAAUCAUGUCAAUGUUUUAAAGAAGUAUAUACAUGUAAUUCUAAAUCGGAUUCAUACUUGUCAAGUUUUUACAAACAUUCUUCUAGCCAUUUUUCUUUUAUAUAUAUAUAUAUAUAUAUAGUUAAUUUAUGUAAUAAAUGUUUUUAAAAUAA